ACUUCUUUGACUGCUGUGAGUUCACUGCAUUGUAAAGGGUGCUGUGACUCGCAGGAGGGGGGGGGGCUGGUUUGCCAAAAAAAAACAAAAACUCCCGAUAGGCUACACAUCUGGAGUCUCGACGAUCAUAAUUUAUCGCACGUUUUGCCUUUUUAGAAAUUAACUUUUAUAGUUUUUAUUAAUUUAUUCUAUUUCUCGUAGUUUAUGGUUUACGUUUACACUCCGGGAGGGCAGAAAUGGCGGCCAACAUGUACCGGGUCGGAGAUUAUGUUUUCUUUGAGAACUCUUCCAGUAACCCAUACCUGAUUCGUCGGAUAGAAGAACUCAAUAAGACGGCCAGUGGGAAUGUGGAGGCCAAGGUGGUUUGCUUCUACAGAAGGAGAGACAUCUCCCACAGCCUCAUCCAGCUCGCAGACAAACAUGCAAAGGAGUUGGAGGAGGAGAAGGAGAGUCCGACAGAGACAGAGCUAACAGAAAAACAGAAACACCAGCUUCGCCACAGAGAGCUCUUUCUCUCCCGGCAGUAUGAGAGUCUACCUGCGACACACAUAAGGGGGAAGUGCAGUGUGGCAUUACUGAACGAGACUGAAGCAGUCCUUUCAUACCUUGACAAAGAGGAUACCUUCUUCUACUCGCUGGUGUAUGACCCGACACAGAAGACCCUGUUGGCUGACAAAGGCGAGAUCAGAGUGGGGCCACGGUUUCAGGCAGACGUACCUGAAAUGCUACAAGAGGGUGAGGAAGACGACCGGGACCAGUCCAAGCUUGAAGAGAAGCUGUGGGAUCCAGAGUGUCCACUUACCAACAAACAGAUAGACCAAUUUCUAGUGGUGGCACGAGCGGUCGGGACCUUUGCUCGAGCAUUGGACUGCAGCAGCUCCGUCAGACAGCCAAGCUUGCACAUGAGUGCAGCUGCAGCCUCACGAGAUAUUACGCUGUUCCAUGCCAUGGACACGCUGCAUCGUCACAAUUACGACCUGUCCAGUGCACUGAGUGUACUGGUCCCAGCAGGUGGCCCAGUUCUCUGCAGGGAUGAGAUGGAGGAGUGGAGCGCCUCAGAAGCUGCCAUGUUCGAAGAGGCACUAGAGAAAUACGGAAAAGACUUCAACGACAUCCGACAAGACUUUCUGCCAUGGAAGUCUUUGACCAGUAUCAUAGAGUACUACUACAUGUGGAAGACCACAGACAGAUAUGUGCAACAGAAGAGACUGAAGGCAGCUGAGGCAGAGAGCAAACUGAAGCAGGUUUAUAUCCCCACAUAUAACAAACCCAAUCCCAACCAGAUCUCAAUGACCAAUGGAAAGAUGGCCACGGUGAACGGCGUGGGCCCUGGGGCCUACCAUACAGCAGGCGGGGGCAGAGCCUGCGAGAGCUGCUAUACCAUGCAGUCAGCCCAGUGGUACUCGUGGGGACCUCCCAACAUGCAGUGCCGCCUGUGUGUUUCCUGCUGGAUGUACUGGAAGAAGUACGGCGGCCUGAAGAUGCCGAGCAGAGCCGAGGGCCCAGAAGAACGAACCUCCCCAAGUCCAGCAAGCAAUGAGUCUCACUCACGAGGCCACGCUCGCCAGUCCAACCACAUGGUGCCGAUGCGAAACAGCGGCAGCCCCAAGUCCUCCAUGAAGACCAAGCAGGCCUUCCUGCUGCAGGCCACCCGCCUCACCAAGCUGGCCCGGCACAUGUGCCGCGACGUCAUCAGGCUGCGCCGCGCUGCGCGCCGGCCCUUUGUCCCCAUUAACUGUGGGGCCAUAAAGGCAGAGUACAUGUUAAGGGUGUCAGAAGGACAAGGAACCCGUCUGCCCAAAACCAGAACCGCCCAACGGAGCACUCUGACCACCGUGGUGCAGUUUCUAGAGUCCCGUCCGGCGGCCCACGCCCCCCGCUCCCACCGCACCCCGGGCCUGCAGACGCCCCCGCCGCGGCGCCUGCUCUCCUCCCUGCCGCACGGCCCCCACGGCAUGCUGGGAAAGCGCUCCUACCACCACCACAGCAGGGCCGAGCCGGAUCGGCGCGCAGAGAACCCAGGUACAACAAGUGGACCCCUCCUGCACAACGGCCGCAGCGGCGGCAGCGGAGGCACCAGAGGCGGCGUCAUGAUCCGCAAGAGACGCCCCAACUGGAUCGACGCGCCCGACGACAGCUUCUUCCUCGUCACCCGGGAGACCAGGAGGGCCCGGCGGCUGCUGUCGCGCUCCCAGCUCAGGCACGCGUGCCGGCAGCCCUGCGAGCAGAUCGCCCUGCGCCGCGCGCCCCCGGGCCCCCCGCAGGGGCUCGUCCUGGCCCCCCCGCCCCACCCCAGCCUGAGGAUGCGCGGCCCCAUCGUCAUCCACGACUGAUGGAGCCCCGCCCCCUUCGCCUCCCGUCCUCCCGCUCCAUCCUUUGCUUUUUUAACCCCUCACACGCGAAGACACACGAAGAGCUCGGCAACAGAAGGAUGUGAUGCGGUGGAAACGCACGCGCGACCUGACUGCAAGUGCUGCCCGCCGUUAAUCCCCUGGGAAUCAGUUUGUAUGUGUACAUAUUGUAUUUGGGAGCAGGUGAGUGUGUGCGUGCGUGCGUGAGCGCGUGUGUGUAAGAUUGUGCCAACAACACAGGGAUCUCUAUGCUUGUACUUAGUUCCUAUGGACGGACAUAACAAUGAAACUUUGUGUGAGUUUGUGUUUAUGGUGAGUUGUUGUGAAGUUACAUUGGUUUGUAUAAACUUAUUUGGGGGGUUGUGUUGCAUUUGUUCCUUUAUUGACAAAGGCCAGCGUCUGAAAAGAAAAUGCACCGCACUGAUCCUGGACCUGUGGCCUGUUCAGGUCGCGUCUGUCUCGGAGUGACUGAUUGGACGCUGGUGUUGAGGGACGAUCGCGUGGGUUAUUUAACGAACCCCCCACAACCUGGCAGCCACUCACGCCCACGGGUUUGGCAAAGAAAGAGCAUCGCGCUGAGCCUCCCUCAUCACUCAGUGUAUAAUACAUUGUAUAUCUCAUUAAACACUGUAAAUUUACUCACCCUCUUUCUAUGGCGACUGUACCUACUGAGCCCUAACUUAUUAAAGCGCUUGCUGCACAGCGGUAAAGGGCAUGGAUCAGCCAUCUUGUCCUCACGGCUGCGCUUCACCUGCAACAUCCAAAAAAAAAAAAAAAAAAAAGCCGGUUGAACCCACGAGACCUUCAGGUGUGUUUCUUCUAAGUUUUAAAGAUGGCAGCGCCGCCGCAUGUCUUUGACGCGACCCGUGGGGUCGCGCGAGCUCUUCUCUUUCAUUCAGAAUGUUUAUGUUAGUGUUCCCUGUAUGUCAUGUGUUGACUUAUGAAUAUGCUGAGAAAAAUAAAACAAAAAAAGCGACGACAACAACAGCACAA